AUGGCACGCCACCGUCGUGGGCGUUCUGUCGACACGGAUGACAAGAACCUCUACCCGCUUCUGCGCGUUCUCAAAGCAGAAUUUGGUAUCGACUGGGGAGUCUAUCAAGAGUUUUUGGAUAGUGCCAAAGCCGCCAUAAAGGCUGGAGAGAGUUAUUCGGCCUGGACUGCACAGAUCGAGCUCUUGAUCCAAACCCCAACUGCGCGGAUGGCCCAUGAGGGUGUGCUCCUUCUACUGAAAGAGAUGGGUGUGAAGGCCUUCUCCCAGAACAACACCAACACCGAAACCAACAUCACUACGAAAAAUAUGACAUCUGCACUUCCAACCCCCAACUCAACACCACCACCACCACGUCCAACUGUUCCUGUAGCGGCGCACAUGCAUACGAAUGGCCGCGUAGCGAUGCCUCCCCCCGCUGUCAAGACUCCUACGCGCACCACUCCAACCUAUAGGAAAGUUGAGCCAGCAAACAAGAACGAUCACGUCUUCUUCUCCGACCCAGUCUUCAAACUGGACGUCCAGAACUUCUUCGGCGUCUCUAGUCCCAGCAACAACAUCAUCUACGACGGCACACAAUUUCGUCGCACACAGAGUCAGAGAGUCCUCGCUCAACCCAGGUCCGCACCUCCCUACAAGGCUGCAGACGAUGACCUUGCUGUCUGGAAGAAGCGCCUUGAGGUGGAGCAUGGAGUGAAGGGCAGUCAGGCGCAAGGCAACACCAAGGAUCUCAAGACCACAGAGGAUUUGCAACGAGACAAGAGUUUGGGAGAUCUGCGGAGGAGUGGUUGA